AUGAAAGUUCGACAACAAAAUCAACUGGAAGGAAAAAAAUUAGAUCAAAAAGAUUCAGUUAUUGAUAUGCUUAUACAUUUAUGUCCUGAACAGUAUACUAUUGAAGAACUUCGAGCUCGUCCAUUAGCAGAAGGUGUGAAUACAUCAAAAAUAGAAUUUUAUCUAUCGGAUGAUGAUUUUCAAAAAGAAUUUCGUAUGACUAAAGAUGAAUUUUAUGCUUUACCAUAUUGGAAACAAACAAUUAUUAAAAAGUCACUUGGUUUUUUCUAA